AGCGGACACCCCGAGCGGGGGGUGCGGGCGCCGCCGCCGCCGCUUGUGCUGCUGCUGUUCCUGCUGCUGCUGUGGGUGCCGCCGGCGGCCAGCGAGCGGGCGAGCGAGCGAGAGCGGGCGGGACCGGUGCGAGUGUGAGAGAGGGAGCGUGUGCGUGCGUGUGUGUGAGUGUGCGGGUGUCUGCGCGGGCGGCUCGGGCGCUCCUGGCGGAGAAGCCGCCGCCGCCGCCGCCGCUCGGGCCCCGGCGCUCCUCGCUGCGCAGGUUUGGAGCGCGCGCCAUUUUGUGAGAUUUUUUUGACAAAAUCGUCCUCGGGAAGAAGCCGCCGCCGGGAGCGGCCGCCCCUCGGCGCCCGGCCUCGUCACCGCCCGCCGCCGCCGCCCUCCAGCGCCGGGCCGGGCCGGGCCGCGCGCGAGCGGCCCCCGCCGGCGGGACUCGGGGGUCCGGGGACUGCGGUAUUUGCCGGGGAGGGCGGGCCUGUCGCCUCCCCGGCCCCCCGGGCGCCGCUGGAACCGCGAGCCGGAGCGAAGACUUGGAGCAGGCUGCGGCGCGCUCCGGAGCCGGGAACGCCGGGGGCGGAGAGAGAAGGCGGCCGGGGCGGCGCUGGCUGCGGAGGCCGCGCGGCGGGAGCCCCGAGGCUGAGACUCACCGGAGGGAGCGGCGCGAGCGCCCCGCCAUCGUCCCGUGUUCUAGUUUUGCCGCUGGACUGUUCCCUCCCUUCCCCCACCCCACCAGGAUGAUAUGAGACUUGAAAGAAGACGAUGCAUACAGGAGGAGAGACUUCAGCAUGCAAACCUUCGUCUGUUCGGCUUGCACCGUCGUUCUCAUUUCAUGCUGCUGGCCUUCAGAUGGCUGGACAGAUGCCCCAUUCACAUCAAUACAGUGACCGCCGCCAGCCAAGCAUAAGUGACCAACAGGUUUCUGCCUUACCCUAUUCUGACCAGAUUCAGCAACCUCUAACUAACCAGGUGAUGCCUGAUAUUGUCAUGUUACAGAGGCGGAUGCCCCAGACUUUCCGUGAUCCAGCGACUGCUCCCCUGAGAAAACUUUCUGUUGACUUGAUCAAAACAUAUAAGCAUAUUAAUGAGGUUUACUAUGCAAAAAAGAAACGAAGACACCAACAGGGCCAGGGAGACGAUUCUAGUCAUAAGAAGGAGCGGAAGGUUUACAAUGAUGGUUAUGAUGAUGAUAACUACGAUUAUAUUGUGAAAAACGGAGAAAAGUGGAUGGAUCGUUAUGAAAUUGACUCCUUAAUAGGCAAAGGUUCCUUUGGACAGGUUGUAAAGGCAUAUGAUCGUGUGGAACAAGAAUGGGUUGCCAUUAAAAUCAUCAAGAACAAGAAGGCGUUUCUGAACCAAGCCCAGAUAGAAGUGCGGCUUCUGGAGCUCAUGAACAAACAUGACACGGAGAUGAAAUACUACAUAGUGCAUUUGAAACGUCACUUUAUGUUUCGAAACCAUCUCUGUUUAGUUUUUGAAAUGCUGUCCUACAACCUCUAUGAUUUGUUGCGGAACACCAAUUUCCGAGGCGUCUCCUUGAACCUUACACGCAAGUUUGCACAACAGAUGUGCACUGCACUGCUUUUCCUUGCAACUCCAGAACUUAGUAUCAUUCACUGUGACCUAAAACCGGAGAACAUCCUGCUUUGUAACCCCAAACGCAGUGCCAUCAAGAUCGUUGACUUUGGCAGUUCUUGUCAAUUGGGGCAGAGGAUAUACCAGUAUAUCCAGAGUCGCUUUUAUCGGUCUCCAGAGGUGCUCCUGGGAAUGCCUUACGACCUUGCUAUCGACAUGUGGUCCCUUGGGUGCAUUUUGGUGGAAAUGCACACGGGAGAGCCUCUGUUCAGUGGUGCCAAUGAGGUAGAUCAGAUGAAUAAAAUAGUGGAAGUUCUGGGUGUUCCACCUGCUCAUAUACUUGACCAAGCACCAAAAGCAAGAAAGUUCUUUGAGAAGUUGCCAGAUGGCACUUGGAACUUAAAGAAGACCAAAGAUGGAAAACGGGAGUACAAACCCCCAGGAACCCGUAAACUUCAUAAUAUUCUUGGAGUAGAAACAGGAGGCCCUGGUGGGCGCCGUGCUGGGGAAUCGGGUCAUACGGUAGCUGACUACUUGAAGUUCAAAGACCUCAUUUUAAGGAUGCUUGAUUAUGACCCCAAAACUCGAAUCCAGCCUUACUAUGCCCUGCAGCACAGUUUUUUCAAGAAAACAGCAGAUGAAGGUACAAACACAAGCAACAGUGUGUCCACUAGUCCUGCGAUGGAGCAGUCACAGUCCUCCGGCACCACGUCCAGCACGUCGUCCAGCUCAGGUGGAUCAUCAGGGACGAGUAACAGUGGCAGAGCCAGGUCAGAUCCAACACACCAGCACCGGCACAGCGGAGGACACUUCACAGCUGCUGUCCAGGCCAUGGACUGUGAGACACACAGUCCCCAGGUGCGUCAGCAGUUUCCUGCUCCCCUUGGUUGGUCAGGCACGGAAGCUCCUACACAAGUCACUGUUGAAACUCAUCCUGUUCAAGAAACAACUUUUCAUGUAGCCCCUCAGCAGAACGCAUUGCAUCAUCACCAUGGAAACAGUUCCCAUCACCACCACCACCACCACCACCACCAUCACCACCAUGGACAGCAAGCCUUGGGCAACCGGACCAGGCCAAGGGUCUACAAUUCUCCAACGAAUAGCUCCUCUACCCAGGAUUCAAUGGAGGUGGGCCACAGUCACCACUCCAUGACAUCCCUGUCUUCCUCAACGACUUCUUCCUCGACAUCUUCCUCCUCUACUGGUAACCAAGGCAAUCAGGCCUACCAGAACCGCCCAGUGGCUGCUAAUACCUUGGACUUUGGACAGAAUGGAGCUAUGGACGUUAAUUUGACCGUCUACUCCAAUCCCCGCCAAGAGACUGGCAUUGCUGGACAUCCAACAUACCAGUUUUCUGCUAAUACAGGUCCUGCACAUUACAUGACUGAAGGACAUCUGACAAUGAGGCAAGGGGCUGACAGAGAAGAGUCCCCCAUGACAGGAGUUUGUGUGCAACAGAGUCCUGUAGCUAGCUCGUGACUACAUUGAAACUUGAGUUUGUUUCUUGUGUGUUUUUAUAGAAGUGGUGUUUUUUCCCAAAAACAAAGUGCAAAGCUGCUUGAAUCAGAAGGAGAUUAACAAACACACUGAACCGCUACAAGAGGGCAAAGCUGACUUUUUUUUAACUUGAAAAGAUCGCAAAGGGACAAUGAAGUUUUUACAGAGCCAUGUCCAAACCCAUCUUCAUGGAGAGCUCCGAGGUUUUCUCUUUUGGCUUCCCCCGUUUAACCUGCCACAUCCCCGUCACAGUGGGUUUUCUUUUUUUCUUUUUUUUUUUCUUUUUCUCUUUCUUUUUUUUUUUUGGUCUUUCUAUUCAACAAAAGUUAAUGUUCAGAUGUUGGUCUUGGUCGUUUGCCAACUAAUUUUAAAAGAAAAAGGCACUGCCCAUGAUUUGCAUAAACGGCCCCAUAUAAUAAGGGUGGUUCUCCCCCCCCCCCCCAUUUUUUCCCUCCUUUUUUGUUUUUGUUUUGGGUCAGGGGCAGGGUGGGAAAUUUGGGUUUUUAAUUCCUCUAAACACACUCGGGCACAGAAAUGCAGUACUGUAAGGAAGAGGGCCCUCCAGCUUCUACACACAUCCCGGCUGCGGUGUGCAGGGCCAGCUGGAGCCGGCUGGUCAGGCGCCCUGAGCACUGCGUGGCGGGGAUCAGGACUCUCCUGUCUGAACCUGCUGAGGAGUGGAGCAGCAGCGACCCGGGAGCCUCGGGCCUCCUGUGCAAACACCACAGGGAGAUGGGCAUGGACGUGACUGGGCUCCCAACCGAGGUGCACUGAGAAGCAAUCAACGGGUCCGCCGUGGCCAGUCCUGGGGAGGGCUGAGUGGAUAACCUUUGGCCUUAUGGAUUUGGACUCGCGAUUCGCAGAGCCUACCAUUUCAGAUGCAAUCACUUUGGGACAUGCUUUUGCAGACAGCCCUUAACGCUGAAAACAGAAUGGGUAACUCAAGAGGCCUUUCCUUUAGAAUAGACUUUUGUGACCCACUAAUUGUAAGGUAUUGCAAGGUCACUUUGCGUGUGUCAUAAAGUUGACUUCCUUCUUGGUUGAAGGCCACAGAGGUAGUGGUUUGCUUUGAUGGAAAUAGCUACAGCUGUGUCCCUUCCUGCUUCUUCCUUUUCCUUUGGCUUUUUCUCGGCACGUGGUCUCUCCACCGUUUCUUCUGCACAAAGAUGUCUUCUGUUCAUCCUGAACAUUUUAAAAAAAAAAUGCAGAAUUUUAUGUGACUGCUUUUUUGCCUCACAAUUAUGCUGUGAAUUUUACAAAAAUUUAUUUUCUUUUUUUGAUAAUUUAUUGUACCAAAGCUGUUUUUAUAGCACAUAGAUGUCUGUAACCAAUAAUGUAGCAGUCCUGCACUUUGACACAAGGUGUAACUAGACCAUUUUUAAAUGUCAGUUGAAAUUAUGGCUGUACUAUUGCUUCAACAAAACUGGAACUGUUGUCGAAUCCAUAGCCAAUACAUUUACAGCAAUCUGUGUACUGAACAUAAUAGAUUGACACCUGAUUUCCAGAUUACACCUGUUACAUUCUAAACGUGUUCAGGCUUCUGAAGGUAAAGGGACCCUGGGCCGAGCAGCUGCGGAGCCGGCGGCCGGGCCUCGUAUUCCUGAUCAACCCGCUUGCAGGCCUGAAAGCAAGGUCCCCAGCCUGAGCUGGAGCGGAGCAGAGCGCCUCACGCUUGACCCGGGCUCAGAAGGCCGCUGCUAACAGGUGCCUCGUGUUGAGAUUAUGCUGCCUUAAUGUAACACAGUCUGGCAGUUGCUAAAUUUGUGUUCCCCUUUCAAAUUGACCAAUUUUAGGGUGUUAGACUUCUGAGCGGUUGAAUUGGGAGAAUGCCGAUGAGUACUCGUACCUGUCCAGGAUCAGAGCGAAGCAGCAGUGAUCUACCUCUGCCGGCAGCCCUGCUGGAGCACGCAGCCAACACCACCUUCUUUUCUAUUGGUCAAUUCCAUGUGGCUGACUAGGUCAAUUUUUUCUGAACAAAAGCAGGUUUUUAUAUGUAAACAAUGACAAAAGAAAGGCUUAAAACUAUGUAAAUGUGAAUGAAACUUGGAAAUAUCCGUUUUUAUAAACCACAAAAAAUUUUUGUUGUUAAUCAGGAAAUCCAUAUUUAUUUUGUAAUUAAAUGUCAAGCCUGUGGAUGAUUUUUUUCAACUUGGUAGUUUACAGUGAAUAAAAGGAUAUCAUCUUGAGUAUAGCAAUAUCACGAGGAAUUCAGUAGUUACUGCUGUUUAGGAAUAUAAGGUGAAGAUACUGUAUGGGUCAGGUCAUAAUUUUUUUUUUCCUGUGCUGGUUGCCACAUUUUAGCAAGCACCAAAAAAAAAAAUUUAAAAAUUAAAAAAAAUAAAAAAACAAAAAUAAAAAAACCCCACAAACUAAAGCAGUUUUUUAACCGAUAUUUACCUACAGGAAAUCAUAAAGAUCUAAUGCUUCUGCAUACUGUGUUAUGUUACAGUCCAGGUCUGUGUGCUUCACUACACAGUUUGGUUACAGGACUUCUGUGCAUUGUAAACAUAAACAGCAUGGAAAAGGUUUAAUACCUGUGUUCAGAUUGUAAGAUCUAGUCCGGACUUGCUGUGUAUAUUGUAACGUUAAAUGAAAAAAGAGCCCCCUUUGUAUUAUAGUCAUGCGGUCUUAUGUAUGAUAAACAGUUGAAUAAUUUGUCCUCA